AAAACCGCAAGCCGGCCAGGAGGCGUUCUGCCGUAGACGAGGAACAUGGCCCCGGGGCCGCUGGCCUCCUGGGGCCUCCUGCUGCUGCUGCUGCUGCCGCCGCUCCUGCCGCUGCCGCAGGUGGCGCUGGGUUCCUCGGACGGCAACUGUGACCCCUCGGACGAGUGCCCGCCCCAGGCCCGCUGGAGCAGCCUAUGGCACGUGGGGCUCAUCUUGCUCACCGUACUACUGCUGCUGCUGUGUGGGGUCACAGCCAGCUGCGUUCGGUUCUGCUGCCUCCGGAAACAGGCGCACACCCAGACACACUUGCCACCAGCAUGGCAACCCCGUGACCUCACGGUCACCCAUGUGGACAGUGACAGCCCUGCUCACAGCACAGUGACCUCCUACAGCUCUGUGCAGUACCCACUGGGCAUGCAUCUGCCCCUGUCCUUCAGUGAGCUGGACCCUGACUCAAUGGUCCCUCCUGCCUACAGCCUGUAUGCUCUUGAACUGCCACCCUCCUACGAUGAAGCCAUCAAGAUGGCAAAACCCAGAGAGGAGCCAGCUUCCUCCCAGAAACCUGAUCCUCUCCCCGAAGCCUCAGUGCUGGAGACCACUCUAGAGCCCCAGGGAUCAGGCCCUAAUGCCCAGUCACCUUAGCUGUGGCCCAGUGUCCCUUGAAGAGGGCAGUUCUUUCUCCUGGAGCCAGCAGACUGUAGCUUGGAGUCUUGGCACCUGGGCCAAGAACCCCUGCCUGCCCCUACCAUCCUUCCCCUGGGAAGGCCAGCAUCCAGCACAUUGCUGCAGACUCGGCCUCGUUGCUAUGCAAUGCCGGCCAGCCAGCCUGCCCUGUGUUGGCCACCUCCCCCCCACACACCAGACCCAGGCUGGCUGAUGCUCUCAGCUCCAGGCCCCUGGUGAGGCCCAGGCCUGAACCUUGUGAGUUCAAGGCCUGCCAACCUUCAGUUUUUUGAGAGAGAAUAAAGUUUAUGUGUAUAUGGUCUCUACCUAUAUGGAAAGGGCUCUAAGUCCCCAGGGUAAUGGGAGGCCUCAGGUAGCUACCCCAGUGCAGGCAGACAGGGCAUGUUCAGAGCCCAGAUCUGGGUGGUGGGAGAAGCCAGGGGUCAUAGCACAAGUGACUAGGACUAUGGUCAGGUGGGAGGGGAGGGCUGUCCCAGAUACCCUUCUCUAGGCCCAUCUCCUCACCAAUCCUUUCCUCUAGGCUGGGACAGUAACCCAUCUUUGCCAGCCUCCUUUAUCAUCUGCCCAGCCUCCGUUUCAUUGAGGGGCUCACUAGCAUUCAUGAGCACAUACCUGCUGGAGCCUCACACUGAGCCACCAUUUACUGUCAUCCCCCCAUUCUCCCACCCUCUCCUCUCCCCAGGCCCGACUUGAGCAUGUUCCAGUCUAUGUAGCCCUUACUCUCCUUGCCAAAGACCCAGAAAGCUGCCCUCUGUUCACCCUCCUGAUUCUGGGUCUUCUCCAUCUGUGCCAGGAAACUGUCACUCACUGUCACAGUUGAAGAACCCUUUGUCUUCAGGGUGGUUUAUGGUCCUGGACUGCAGUGAAGGCUGGGCUGGGUCCCACUUCCAACCCCUCCCCAUGAGCUCUGCCUCUUCCCUACUCACACUCAGAUGACCCUAGCCCAGGGCUUCACCCCACCUCCCACCCACUGGCCCUGGCCCACUGUCUUCAUCCAUGUCCUCGGUAAUAAAGGCCAUCUUGCUCUUGGCGGGAACAGUGCCUAGCAA